UAUGUGUAAUCAGAGAAUAGUUUACAAACUGAAUCAAUAAUGUAAAUACUCGACUGACUCUUUCUUUAAAAUGUAUGACCCAAACACAAGUUAUAUAGACUUCGACCUUGAAGUCUCAAGGUCAAACGCGUUAGAAUUAUAGUUGACCCACUUUUCGUUCCCACUCAAAUACUUUAUCAAAUCGUAUGAUCCAGUUGUGUCGCAAGCCAGUGCAUGCGUGUCUGGUGCUAGCUAGUAGCGAGUGGUAGUAGAUCCUCCCCGAACCCGGUGCUUCGCUCUAGACAGUAAUUCAUAGUUCUAAAUCAGAAAGGGUAAAAUCAUGUUUUUUCUAUUUGAAAUUCUUGUUCUAAUCAUAAAGAUUUGUGUAGCACUGGCGACAGAUUUCUACCAUAUAUUUGUACCGUAUCCUAAGAAGGAUGUACGCGGUAAGGUUGUUUUGAUCACCGGGGCUGGACACGGUCUAGGCCGCUCGUUUGCUCAUCGUUUUGCCAAGCUAGGGGCGAAGCUGGUGCUAUGGGAUAUGAAUGAAGAAGGUAAUGAAGAAACCGCCAAACAAGUACGAGAUUUGGGGGCUGAAGCACACACAUUCACGGUAGAUGUUCGUAAAAAGGAUAUCGUUUACCAAACGGCAAAUAUUGUGAAGGAAAAGGCUGGAACAGUGGAUAUUCUCUUCAACAAUGCAGGCGUUAUAUCGGGCGAAGAAAUAUGCAACCUCACCGAUGGGCAGAUCGUCAGGACGUUCGAAGUUAAUGCUAUUUCCCACUUUUGGCUGCUCAAAUCUUUUCUUCCUGAUAUGAUUGAUCGCAACGACGGCCACAUUGUCACUAUUGCGUCGCAAGCUGGAAAAUUCGGUACUCCACGCAUGAGUGACUAUUGCGCAUCUAAAUAUGCAGCCGUAGGUCUUGGAGAAAGCCUCAGCUCCGAGCUUCGGACACUUGGAAGAAAGGGGGUAAAAACAACCCUUGUUUGCCCUUUCUUCAUUAAUACUGGAAUGUUUACUAACUUAUCAUUCAGGACUGAUACCAUACUGAACCAAGAGGACGUUACAUCGAUAAUCGUUGAUGGCGUAUUGCGAAAUGAACGUGAAAUUAUUAUUCCAAAACGACAUACCUGGAGGGUGAUUUUCAAGUCCAUAGCUCCAUUUUCUGUGUAUGAUCUAAUAGAGGAUUUCACUGGUAUCAAAGUUGGUUCACAAUCUGGGAAGUUCGACUAGUGCGAAGUUUGUACUAAUAGAAAACGUGCGGGUUGAUGUUGUCAAGGGGAUAUGCGAGAAAAAUUUAACAUUGCAGAAAGUUGUUAAACCAGUUUUUUUGAACAUCAAUGAACUAUCUGUGCAAUUUGAUUUGAAGUUUGUCAAAGAAUUAAUUUAAAUUCAAUUAUUUUACUUUUAUUGGAAAAUCAAUUUUAAUCAAUUUGAUUAUUAUUGAUUACAUUAUUAGUGAGAGUCAUUGAUAUUACUUUACACAUCUACAACAAAAUGAUCAGUCAGAAGCGAGAAUUCCUCAUGGAUCCUGUUCCCCUUGACUCCACCCCUUUCCUCGCUCGCUCUGCCUCUAUGGGGUAUUGUGCUUGUGAUUUUUGUUUUAGAUAUGUCUCCUGCCAAUGCAAAGUUUAUCUGGAAAUUGGACCAAAAAAAAGGAAAAAGAAAAGAAAGUAUUAAUGAUUAUUUGUUUUACUGUGUAUAUCUGGAGAAUGGGUACCAGCCCCGACUGUGAGUGGUCGUUUUCCGUGGCCGACGUACUGACCCUAUUCAUUCUGCUCUUCCCCCCACUGCCACAGCCUUUUCCCCAUUAAUUUUACCUUCCCUAAAACA